AAUAAUAAUAAUAAUAAUAAUAAUAAUAAUAAUAAUAAUAAUAAUAAUAAUAAUAAUAAUAAUAAUAAUAAUAAUAAUAAUAAUAAUAAUAAUAAUAACAAUAAUAAUAAUAAUAAUAAUAAUAAUAAUAAUAAUAAUAAUAAUAAUAAUAAUAAUAAUAAUAAUAAUAAUAAUAAUAAUAAUAAUAAUAAUAAUAAUAAUAAUAAUAAUAAUAAUAAUAAUAAUAAUAAUAAUAAUAAUAAUAAUAAUAAUAAUAAUAAUUAUAAUAAUUAUAAUAAUAGUAAUAAUAAUAAUAAUAAUAAUAAUAAUAAUAAUAAUAAUAAAAAUAAUAAUAAUAAUAAUAAUAAUAAUAAUAAUAAUAAUAAUAAUAAUAAUAAUAAUAAUAAUAAUAAUAUUAAUAAUAAUAAUAAUAAUAAUAAUAAUAAUAAUAAUAAUAAUAAUAAUAAUAAUAAUAAUAAUAAUAAUAAUAAUAAUAAUAAUAAUAAUAAUAAUAAUAAUAAUAAUAAUAAUAAUAAUAAUAAUAAU